AUGGCGGCAAGUGGACCCGGCCUUGACGACAGCCGCCUCUUUCACAUCGUCGACCGUGCCAAUGGCACUCGGUUCCUCGUCGACACAGGGGCUGAGGUCAGCGUCAUUCCUGCCAGCAGCAGCUUUUCCCGAUCUCGACAACCCUGCUUCUCCCUCAAGGCCGCUAACGCUUCUACUAUCCCCGUCUACGGCCAGAAAUCUCUCACCCUAAAUAUCGGGCUGCGAAGAGAUUUCCGGUGGCUUUUCCUCGUAGCAGACGUCACUCAAGCAAUUCUGGGAGCUGACUUCUUGAAUCAUUUUAAGCUGCUCGUCGAUGUCAACGGGAAGCGCCUGAUAGACCGUACCACUUCCUUAUCUGUUCACGGCCUCACACUGCCUAUUUCUCCAUUGCGCGUCUCGUCCUGCUGUGCUCCAGACUUGCCCUUCGCCUCCAUAUUGAAGGAGUACCCGGCUCUUACCAAACCGCCGGACUGGACCAAGCCUGUGCAGCAUGACGUCCUCCACUACGUCACCACCCGUGGCCCACCAGUCCAUUUCCGCCCGCGUCGCCUAGCACCCGAAAAGUUCCAAGUAGCGAAAGCCGAACCGGCGACUGGCGCCCGUGCGGCGACUACCGUGCCCUGA